CACAAAUCAACGGUCGUGAAAAUUGAGCAAAGCUCCGUAUGAAAAACGCAAGAAAAUAAAUUUAAAAAAUUUUCGUCGAACGAAAUUGUUAAAGUGUGUGUUCUCUGUGUGUGUAUGUCAGUGGAAAUUGUAAUAAAGUAUUAAACAAAAGUGCAUUAAAUUCCAUUUCUCAAACGAAGCAAAGAAGAUUUUCCGCAAGUGUGAAAAUCGUAUAAAUCUAAAGAAAAACGGCGCGUUCUGUGUCCUGUGUCUUUGUCCUUGUGAAAAAAUCCGCCCUUAAAAACGGCAGCAGCCAGCCAAACCGAAGCUAAGUCAAGUUAAAGUUUGAAGUAAAAGACACCUGUGCUCUGGACUGCCGUCCUCCACACGUUGAUGGCUGCCACUAAAAUCAUCGAUGCCCCACGAAACGGCCACGAAAUGGCUCCACUGAACACACGCGCCCGCGGCGAUGGCACCCAUGGGGUGACCAUUGUCCUGACCGCCCCGCAACGCAAUUCGGUGCAGUCGGUGGAUAUACCAGGCGCUGAACCCGAACGUGCUGCCUGGAGUGGCAAAAUGCAAUUCUUUCUCAGCAUUAUUGGCUAUUCGGUGGGCCUGGGCAAUAUCUGGCGUUUUCCCUAUCUCUGUCAACAGAACGGUGGCGGUGCUUUUCUGAUACCAUUCAUGAUUAUGCUAAUACUGGAGGGCAUACCACUAUUUCUCAUCGAACUUGGGAUUGGUCAGCGCAUGCGUUUGGGUGCAUUAGGCGUAUGGAAUACAAUACAUCCAUGGUUGGGCGGCAUUGGCAUCUCGUCGUGCAUUGUGACGCUAUUUGUGGCACUCUACUACAAUGUGAUCAUCACGUGGGUGUUUUUCUAUCUCUUCAAUAGUUUUCGGUAUCCUUUGCCCUGGUCAACUUGUCCGGACAAUGGCACGGCUGGCUUUGAACUGGAAGAGUGCGCCCGUUCUUCGGAGACUACGUAUUUCUGGUAUCGCACCACUUUGGAUGCAGCCGAGUCUAUGGACGAUUCUGGCGGUCUGAAAUGGUGGAUUGUCCUGUGUUUGUUGCUUUCAUGGACAGUUGUUUUCUUCAUUGUGAUGAAGGGCAUACAGAGUUCCGGCAAAGUGGUUUACUUUACCUCACUCUUCCCCUACAUUGUGUUGACCAUCUUCUUUAUACGCGGCAUUACGCUACGGGGAGCCGGAGCCGGGCUAAUGCACAUGUAUACACCGAAAGUGGAGAAACUAUUGGAGCCAACGGUUUGGCUAGAUGCAGCCACUCAGGUAUUCUAUUCAUUUGGACUGGCCUUUGGCUCACUAAUUGCCUUUGGCAGCUACAAUACGCCCAAGAAUAAUUGCGUCCGGGAUGUUCUUUUGGUGUCCGUGUGCAAUGCGGUCACCGCUAUCUAUGCUAGUGUCGUCAUCUUUGCCAUACUGGGCUUCAAGGCCACCGUCAAUGUGGAUCGCUGUAUAGCAGGCAAUACGGAUAUCCUGGCCAAACAUCAGCUAUUAUUCAAAAAUGCUACUCAAGAUGAGUAUGAGGCAUUUAUGAAUACCUUGAAUGAUACCAUGAAAACGUCUUUGCAACUAAAUGAAUGCACUCUCUCAAAGGAACUGGAUAAUGCUGCUGAAGGCACUGGCCUGGCCUUUAUAGUCUUUACCCAGGCAAUUGUUGAGCUACCUGGUGCACCAUUUUGGGCUGUUCUCUUCUUCACCAUGUUAUUAUCAUUGGGCUUGGGCUCACAGAUUGGCAUCUUGGAGGGCAUGUUGUGCACUCUCUUCGACAUUGAUAUCAUCAAGCGGGUUAAGAAACAACAUGUCACCGGAGUGGUAUGUCUAUUCUGCUUCAUUGUCGGUUUCAUCUUCUGCACAGGUGCCGGAGAAUAUUGGCUAAAGAUGUUUGAUUCAUUUGCCGGCACCAUUGGCUUGGUGGUGGUGGCUCUAAUGGAGAUGAUAGCUGUUAUCUUUAUCUAUGGACACGAGCGUUUCACUGAGGAUAUCUAUCAGAUGACUGGCUAUAGACCUGGCCUCUAUUGGCAAUUGACUUGGCGUUAUAUCGGUCCAGUUAUAAUGGUUUGUAUUCUGGCCUCAUCGAUUAUCUUUAUGGUCAUUAGGAAUCCCACUUAUGGAGCCUGGAGUGCUGAUUUGGGUAUGGUGGUCCAGAAGGAUUAUCCCACUUGGGUUAUGGCUAUAGCCUUGUCCAUGAUAUUGGCUGGUGUUUUACCCAUGCCAAUUGUGUUCCUUAUGCGUAGCUUCCAGUGCCUCAAAGUGGAUUUGGAUAUACACCAGGGUUCAAUAAGACGUAAUGAGACUACAGCUUCUACCAAGGAAAUGAUUGACAAUGAUGAUGAUGAUGAGGAUGAGGAUGAUGAGAACGAUUUCAGUGGCCCUGCAUUGGGUGGUCAUGUCAAGACACAGAGUGACUUCUCCGACGACGAGGAGGAGGACAAACCCAUGACCAUGCGUAUGAUGAUGAUGCGUCCAACGACAACAACCACAAAACUAACAUCAAAUGUGCUAAAUGUGCCAACAAGCAGAAAGCAAAAUUACAGCAAAAAGGAUGCCUACGAUGUGUAAAAAACAUGAUGUGAAUGAAAAAUGAAUGCAAGUGAAUUUUUUCGUUUGGAAAACCAUUUAUAAAUAUAUAUAUUGAACUAAACUAAGUAUUUUAACAUUAGACUAAGUCCCAAAUCUGUUAAACUAAACAAAAAACACACACACACACAAAUAAGAGUACAAUGUG